GGCAGCAGCACCAGCGGCAGCAGUAGUAGCAGCAGCAGCAGCAGCAGCAGUAGUGGCACCAGCGGCACCAGCAGCAGCAGCACCAGCACCAGCGGCGGCAGCACCAGCACUAGCAGCAUUAGCAGCAGGGACUGGAAGGACUUUGUUAAAGCAGACCUGUCGUCAGACGCCUCCCCCGCUGUGUCAAGUGAGGCUACUUCCAGGAUGUUGACCGAAAAGGCCAGAACGCCCCAGGACAGCACCACCUUCCAGCAAGGAGACGCUUCAUCCUCGAUGUCCCACGCAGCCGUCCACACUGACAGCACCUACACUUCCACCACCAUCACCCGAGCUGGGGAGAGGAACCUGCUGUCUGUCACCUCCUCUUCCAGCAACAGCACCUCCUCUGCCUUUACGGAGGACUCCAGUUACCACCCCUCUACCUUGGGUUUUUCUGCUGGGUCUACAGAGACUGAGGACUACACCCGCAGUGCCCCGUCCACCAGGACGGACAGCGGGGACACAACAGACCAUCACAUGACCCACUCCUUCUCAGAGACUGGGAGCCCAGAGGCGUCCAGAGGAACCCAAAGCUUAAACAGACGACCUAACGUCACCCAGCAUCACCACACCUCCACUUCAGAAGAGACUCCUGACUCGACACCACCUUUCAGAGUGACGGAGCCCAGCACUGACCACUCUGAAGCAUCUGUUUCCUCCACACCUCCGGUCACCUCUCCCGCAGAAGGUCCUGCAAACGUCUCGGGGACGGAGCAGGAGUCGGGCUCUAGUGUCGGAACUUCCACUGAGUCCUCCACUGGGGUCCACAGCUCCAGCCCUCAGAACCAGCAGGGCACCGAGGGGGUCUCAUCCCAGACGAGUGAACAAAGCUCGGGCUUCGGCCUGACCACAGGACCCCCAAUGGUCAGCAGCAGCACACCUGAACUAGAUGACUCUCUAACAGUCACUCCAGUGUUGGUUUAUGAUGUCCCCCUCACCACCACACCUGUCACUGUCACAGAAAGACCCCAUAUAACAGAGGAAAACACUUUCGAAGCCACUGCCUCCACCACCACCACCACUACCACCACAACUACCACAUCACCCUUACCUGCAACCUCAUCCUCCAGGUUCAGCAGCACCAUCAGCAGCUCUGCUGCCGAGUCACCUACAGAUGCCACCAUCUCGUACACUGUGCCCUCCACCACAGCCUCCACCCCGGCCCCGCAUACCAGUGCCACGCUCCCAGCUCACCGUGAAUCAUCGAGCCAAACCCAGGGGCCCUCAACUGGGGUGGAUAACCCCACAAAAGCCACCACCCUGCAAAUAGAAACAAGUACGGGCACUCUGGGAGUCACCACAGCUCAUAGCCAGCAUAUCACCACCACCUACACCCACAGCACCCCGACUAAGAGCACAGAGGCUCUGCAGACCGUCGGGAAACAGGCGGACAGAGGAACUACAGAGCUGGUGGUGACGACAACACCCACUGACGUCAGAUCCACCAGGGCACCACCACCGCUGCCACCACCAAGAAACCCCUGUGUGUCAAACCCUUGCAUGAACGGAGGGAUGUGCGUGAGCGAUAAAGAGCAUCAGUACACCUGCCACUGUCAGCAGGCAUGGACAGGACCGAACUGCAGCCAUGAUGUGGAUGAGUGUGAGAGGGACCCCUGUCCGGUCGGAUCCAGGUGUGUGAACACGCGAGGCUCCUUCAGCUGUGAAUGUCCGCUCGGCUUCGACCUGGAGGACGGGCGCACCUGCACCCGAGCAAAGACGUUUCUGGGAACAUUCAGUGUGAACAGACUGCCGCAUGACCCCAUCGUCUUCAAGAGCACCACCAUGCACGAGAUCCAGAGAGAGAUCAUUAAGCUGCUCAACGCUUCGUUGUCCGUCCUCGAAGGUUACAGCCGCUCAGUGCUGAGUAAUAAAGGAGAGGACGGGUUUCGCAUCUUAGCCGUCAACAUGUUUUCCAUCUCCACCGACGUGACGAGUGCUGAGGUCUACAACAGCAUCCAGAUGUCUCUCAGCAACUGCAGCUCCUCCCUGGCCCACUGCCGGAUGGUGCUGCACCACCAGCUCACCUAUCACGUUGAAAGUCUGUGCGUGGCCCAGAAGACUCAGUGUGACACGGAGCGCUCCACCUGCUCCGACAGCAGCGGCACCGCCCAGUGCCAGUGUCUUCAAGGUUACUACAAACAUAACCCAGACGACCUGUCCUGCUUAGAAUGUGGGGAUGGCUACAAACUGGAAAACGGCACCUGCGUUCAGUGCAUGUUUGGAUUCGGAGGAUUCCAGUGUGGAAAUUUUUACAAGCUGAUUGCAGUCGUGGUGUCACCUGCAGGGGGCGCUCUGCUCCUCAUCCUCGUCAUCGCUCUCAUUGUCACCUGCUGCAAGAAAGACAAGAAUGACAUCAACAAGAUCAUCUUCAAGAGUGGAGACCUGCAGAUGUCCCCGUACGCAGACUUCCCUAAAAGUAACCGCAUAUCCAUGGAGUGGGGCCGGGAGACCAUAGAGAUGCAAGAGAACGGCAGCACCAAGAACCUGCUGCAGAUGACCGACAUUUACUACUCUCCUGCGUUACGUAACUCUGACCUGGAGAGAAAUGGACUGUAUCCAUUCACCGGCCUGCCGGGCUCUCGCCACUCAUGCAUCUACCCCGCCCAGUGGAACCCCUCCUUCAUCAGCGACGACUCACGAAGAAGAGACUAUUUCUAACCGCCCCUCUUUGAAAUCAAAACACGCACACACUCACACAAACACAGAAACGUAGCAUACACUGACGAUUGUGAUGUGUCACGGUGAUGCUAAUGUGUGAGCCACACUGUUUCGGAGAGCCCAUCUGCACUCGUGGCUGCACACCAUGUAAAUGUGUGUGUGUGUGUGUGUGUGUGUGUGUGUGUGCAUGUUACCAAAGUGCACAUUUUUUGCAAGUAAAAUGUCUCCUGAGAGACAUCUCCUGUUCUUGUAUAGCCAUUUAGGUGUUUUUGCAUGUUUUGGGUCAUUUACUUCAGCUCACACAUCACACUGCUGCUGUCGCGUUAAAUACUUGCUUAAUGUGUUUUUCCAGCCUUUCCAGGGAGCCACUGAUUUUCAUUUACUUCACCAUGCGAUGAAAAACAAUUUGCAGACACUUGAAACAUGCUCGCGGUAGUCGAUCCAUGUUGGUGAACAUCACAUCCGCCGGUUAUGUAUGUUGUCGCUGCCUGGUAAUGUAGCGCAGAUUCUCUUUGAAGAAUCUGGACUGCAGUAAUGCAUUCAAGAUAUGAUGUCCCGUCAUUAAUUCACAGACUGUGACAUUUAGGAAUGUAGGAAAAACACAUUUGAACUAAACAAAACAAACAAACAGCAGCAAUGUAAAGCUUAUGUGGUGUGUAGCUAAUAGACUAGAACAUGCAAAAAUAUCGAAAUGGUCCUUUAAGGGGAGACGCAACAGGUGAUUAGGGUAAAAAGAAGAAAAAAUCUGAUAUUUGCUAUAUAAUCCAAUUAAAUAUGCACUGAUAUCUGACUUAAAAUGUAUUUAUUGGAUGUUUUCUUUCAGAAAGAAGACAUUUAAUGGAAGCAAAGUAGCCCCAAAUCUUUAAAAAAAAAAUGCUUUUUACCUGUAGUGUCUCCCUAUAAAUGCUGAAGUAUGGAUGAAAUGCCACUGCUGUGAUUAGAAAAUAAUCAGUUUAUUUCUUAGAUAAUAGUCUGAGAAUAAAGUAUUGAUGGAAAGGACAAGAACAAACCACUGAAGGAUGCACAAAGUUCCGUUUUAUGCCAAAAGAAGAUGAGGAACGACUCUGAAUUCUGAUGCCAGCCUUUAUUUAUUCCCCUGUAUGACUGAGUCCUCGACAUGUAGCACAAUGGACAUCUCAUACACACACACUGACAGACCUGAGAGGGAUAAACCUGUGUGUGUUUUUAUGUGCGUGUGACUUAGAGAGUGUGUGUCUGAAGUAUUAGAGGUGUGCGAAUGUGUGUUAGGAAUAAUUAUCUGUAUACCAGAAGGAUCAUAACUGUCGAUGAGUGUUUGAAUGUAUAGAUGUAUCAUUAUUAGUUUGCUGGGUUUUUUUUCUGACAUGGAGUAUUAUUUUUAUGUGAAUGUUUCCUUUUUUUUUGAUCUGUUGAUUCUGGCGUUUUAGUCAGACGUGCUUAUUUAAAUAAAAAAAAAAAAAUACGAAA